UUUGCCAUGUUAUUUUAUUUCAGAACAGAUGUUUCGGAAUAACGUUCCUGCUUUAUCAACAUUACAGUUACGCAGUAACUGCAGGAAGCCGUAUAUCGUUGAAGCUCAUUUGGGGUUGAGGUCUCACCAUUGUGCUGCGGACGGUUGCAUGCCAACAAAAUCCUGCCUGCAAAUGAAUUGGUAAAACCCACAAAACCUCCGGGAAAGCUGAAAGAAGACAGUCUUAGUUGGAUCUGAGCAGUUAUGCAAUGCAUUCUUUUGCAAUGCAACCACUCAUUUGUUGUUGUUUUGGACACAGGGUGAAAACGGAUCUGUGGCAACAUCUUUUGAGUAAUGCAACGGGCUCUUAUCUCUCGAGUCCAAUGCCAGAUCGCAAGCGAAGACAUGAGCGGCUUGGUGUCGUCUCUCGUCCUGAUUGACAGGGCGGUCCGAGGCUGCCUCCGGGCAAAACCCGAGCGCGGCCUUGCGCGCGCGUGCGUGAUUACGUCAGGCGGAACCCAGAGCCGAGCGGAGGUCGCGAGACGGGAGCGGGUAACGGACGGCGGUUGUCCGGGCGCCGGCCGACCGACCGACUGAUGAGGCUGACGGGGCGGCGGGCCAUGUCGAGCAGCCGCUGACGUUGCCGGGGUACCGGGAGUUGACCGGCCGGCCUACCGGCCUCUGAGGGGUGCUGAGCUCCCCAGUGAAAGUUUGGCGGCGGCGGCGGUAGGAGGAGGAGGAGGAGGAGUUGGUGGGCGGCGCGAUGCCCAGGACCCCGAGCGACAACCUGCACCAUGCGUGGCGGAGCUACCGGGAGUCGGAGUCGCAGCAGCAGGUCAAAAUUGACUGCCUGGAGAAGUUCCUCACACUUUUUCACUAUUAUAGCCACAAAGGAAAUCUGAAUGCAACUGAAGCCAUCAAGUUCUGCUCAGACAUGAGCAGUGCCUGUAACGCGUUAGCACGGGAAUUCUUGACAGAUGUGCACCAGCUUUGUAAUGCUGUGUCUCAGAGGUCCGAGGACAAGGAAGAAGAGGAAGAAAGCCACAUGGUUGCAUUGGGAGAAUAUCUAGUUCGGGGUCGAGGAUUCCUACUACUUAGUACCUUGGAUUCCAUUGUUGAUCAGGAAUUAACCUGCAGAGAGGAAUUGCUUACUCUACUCCUGUCACUUCUUCCACUUGUUUGGAAGAUACCUGUUCAAGAAGAAAAAGCUCCAGAUUAUAAUCUAUCUGCACUAGAAGAUCUUCUGUUUACCAAAGAGACCAAAUAUUCUGCAUCCAAAUCUCCUCAGGAAAAAACAGGUUGCACACCAGAUGGAAGCUUAGUUUUAUAUGCUCAGGUACCAUCAAGAUGUAGCACCAGCAACUGGAAGACUAGGCGACAACGUAGAAAUGCUCAGUGCUACACCUUGAGGGAUGCAAGGAAAGUCCCACUUUCUACAUCUGAUUCUGACACUAGUUCGGGUGACGACAAUUCAGUCAUGAUCAGACAAAGACGACGGCAGACUUUACAGCCUUUUGUAACCCGUCAGCCAAGAGAGGACUUUAGCUCCCCCAGGAGCUCUCUGCUCACAUCCUUGAGAGUCAGUGAAGUAGCACAAGAUAGCCCAAGUUCAGAAUGUGCUGCCAUUUUGGAAGAAGUAGACAUGGAGUCAUCCAUUUUAAGUAGAGUAGCAAAUACUCCAUUUGAUCUUUGUCACAUUUUAUUGUCUCUGUUAGAAAAAGUUUGCAAGUUUGACAUGGCCUUAAAUCACAAUCCAGCUUUAGCAGCUAGUGUAGUUCCCACAUUAACAGAAUUUUUGGCAGGGUUUGGGGACUGCUGCAAUAGUAAUAUAUCUGAAGCUGAGGAAGUCGCUACAGGAUGGACAACAGAACCUGCAGCCCUGGUUCAAAGAAUGCUUCUACGAACUGUGUUACACCUGAUGUCAGUUGAAAUAAAUUAUAGAAGUAACAUGCCAGAUACACUUAGAAGAAAUAUUGUAGACUUGCUGAGGGCAACACUGAAGAUUAAGAAUUGCAUUGAAAAGCGCCCAGAUCCUUUUGUUCCACAGCCAAAGAAGACUCUGCAAGAGCUCAGCAGAGAUAUUUCUUUCUCAUCUUCUCAUCAUAAAUUGCUUUUGCUACCUGAGUUACUCGAGGUAGUUUUGCAAAUUCUAAUUUGUACCCUGCAAUCAGCUUCCACUAAUCCUUUCUUCUUCAGUCAGGCCAUGGACCUUGUCCAUGAGUUUACACAGCACCAUGGCUUUGAACUAUUUGAAAGUACAGUGCUUGAGAUGGAAAAGUUAAUUACAAAAGGUGAACCCCUGUCUAAAGAGGCAGCAGAACAUAUCAAAUUGCUGAUUGGUAAUGUCAUGAAAAUAAUCAGCAUUGUCAAGAAAGUAAAGUCAGAACAACUCCAUCAGUCUGUUUGUACACGCAAGAGGCACAGGCGAUGUGAAUAUUCUCAAUUCAUGCACCACCACAGAGACCUGUCUGGUCUCCCUGUUGCAGCAUUCAAAUACCAGCAGUCCAAAAAUCCUUUUGACACAGCAUUAGAUGGUGAAAUUUGCUAUCCCAGUCGCUGUUGCUGUAUUGCAGUGUGUGUUCACCAGUGUCUGCGUUUGCUGCAAGAAGUUAGCUUGAGUAGCACUUGUGUGCAAAUUUUAUCAGGUGUGCAUUCUGUGGGAAUUUGCUGUUGCAUGGAGCCAAGAUCUGUCAUUGCCCCCAUGCUUUAUGCCAUGAAAUCACAAACUUUAAAAAACUGUCAACUGCCUAUCUUGAAUAUUCUGAGUAAAUUUAUCCUUGAGCAGCUUGGGGGUGGGGAGAUUUCAGAGAAAAUGAAACGUGCAAGCUGUAAUAUUUGCACUAUUGACAGUAGUCAGACACCUGAUAUUGCGGAGGUUCUACAUGGAGGUAUCAUAGACAUUGGUUCUUCAUCCAGUCUUGCCAACCCCAAUUUACGAUCAGAUGGUAUUUUACCAAAUGGAGGGUCCAGAGACAUUAUGUGGACUUGGGAGGCUUUGGAAGCUUACCAAGAUCUUCUUUUCAUUGAAGACACACAGCUGAGUUUGCAAGUUGCCAGCCAUAUAUGUUACCUAAUCCAAAAAGGCAAUGCUGUGGUUAAAUGGCAACUUUACACUCACAUCUUUAACACUGUGCUUCAAAAGGGAGUGGAGCUAUGUCACUAUGGACAGCAGCUAAGAGUAACAACACCCUCUGCCCAAGUAUAUAAUCACCACAUCAGAUAUUUGUCUCGGGACGUUCUUCAACUUCACCUGCACACGUUGCCUUCACUCUUUAAAUCCAAGCUAGUCAGGAGCCUCUUUUUGAGCUGCAGUGGAUUAAAUCAAAUGACAGAAUUAAUUUAUCUAGACUGUGUUCGAUCCAGUGCACUGAUGGUUUUUGAAACUUUAAUCCUGUGCCUUGGAGAUCAACGUAUAGAUGGAGAAGUGGAUGAAGAGACUAGUACAGAGGACUCUACUCUGAACCCCAGUGAUACUGCAAGUAGCCAACAUACUGCACCGCAUAAAAAUGAGAUGCAGCAGAGCUUAAGUAGGUUUUAUGCUGUUCUGAAAGAAUCGCACCCCAAGAAGAAGAAAGUCAAAAAUGUAGACAUCCAUCUAAAUGUGAUAAACCUGUUUCUCUGUGUUGCAUUUAUGUGUAUCAGUCAAGAGCCUGAAUCUGAUCGUGACUCUGCUAACGAUUCUGAAGACACCUCAGGCUACGAUAGCACAGCCAGUGAGCCUCUGGGUGAUGUGCUUCCUCAUUUAUCACCAGACAGUGUUGUUUUACCUUCAAAAGAGCAGAUCAGACAUGCAGCAGAUGUGUGGUCUGUAUGUCGUUCAAUCUACUUGAAAGAUAUAGUGUUCCAGAAACAGUUCCAUAAACUAGGUGGUCUGGAGGCCUGUCGUAGAUUGAUGACGAUCAUCAUUCAGAGGUUAUCCAAAACAAUCAUGGACAAUGAAAAAGAAAACAAAGUAAGAACGUUUACUCAGUGCGAAAAUCAAGAGCAAUUUGAAACUUCCUUGCAUUCAUCAUCAAAUCUCAUAGCCAAAAAAGAUGCAUCAGAUGUCAACAAUAGUGAAGAAUCAACUAAAUCAGAGUCUGAAAUUGUUCAAGAAUCAUCAGAUCAAUCGGACGAGCAGAGUAUUGCUCUGGAAGGUGAUGAAGAUUGGGAUUUUAUGGAGCCAGAGCAAAAUAGAACAGAGGAGGAAUGGGCAUUGCAGAGCAUCAGGUUGCUGGAAGCUUUGCUAGCCAUCUGCUUACACACUUCGGUUCCUUCUGGGAGAACCGAUUUGGAACUUUCUCAGCAGAACCUUUCUGUGGAUGAAAUAUUGACUGAAAUUCGAGACCUACUUGUUCAUUCGGGCAUUGUUAAUUCCCAUCUAGCCAAGCCCCUCUUUGAUUCUUUGCAAUGUGUAGCUUUGGGAAGAAGUACUCCAGUUGGCUGUUCUGCUGAGCAAGGGAAGAAAAAGCAAUGGAAAAUGAAUGAUGAGACAGGACAACAGAUGGGUGAUUUUUCAGAGGAGACAGAAGGACCACAGUAUUACAGCAUCAGACUUUUUGCAGAAGAGGAAGGGUAUGAGGCUGAUAGUGAAAGUAACCCAGAAGAUGAUACAACCAAGGAGGAAGAUGGAAAGCUUGAACAAUCUUCCUUGACUCAGUCAUCUAGUUAUCUUGGUAAUCCUCCCAAGGGUACACUGGGCGAAUUGGUGUAUCCUGAGAUCUGUAUGCUAGAGCUCACCCUGCUGAGUGUCAGCGAUCCCAGCCUUGAUGUCCUAACCCAUGUCUUCAGGAGUCUGCUGGAGAUUGUUCAACACAAUGAAGAAAAUACUGCCUCCAUUUACCAGCAGGGAACAGUAACAACAAUCCUAAGUGGUUUUCAGAAUAUUUUAAGCCAGUCUGGAACGGAUUUGGAGGAGUGCCAGGCAGUACUUGUGGAAUUAUUGGUGACUUUAACCAGGUCCAGAUUGUCAGCAGAAGAAUUGGCCUUUUUUCUGAAAUUGUUUUUGGAAAAGACCCCUCCAACUAAAGUACUACUUGGAGGAAUUCUAAGCAUAGUGGAAGCAAAUAUAAACAUGGUCCCAAUGCAGUACCUUACCUUCCCAAUAGUGUUCAACACUAAUGUUUUCAGUGGCAUUUCAUCGGUGCAGAAAGCCGGCUCUACCACCAGCAACAAGACCUCCAACCUUCUAAAGCGUGUUAAGAUCCCACAAAACAGAAGAGAGACGGAACCUGAGAGAUGCAUCCACCAAUUAUCAUCACCUUGGCAUGUGGCUCCACUCCACCUGCCAGUUGUUGGUCAAAACUGUUGGCCGCACAUGUCGGAUGGCUUUAGUGUCUCUUUGUGGUUAAUGGUAGAAGUAUCCAAAGGAACAGAUGGGUUAAUUAAGAAAGUGAAAAAGCAAAAGCGAAAUUGGCUGGCUACUUCCAGGGAGAAGAGUGCUGACUGCAUUGAAGAUGAAAAAACAAGCUUGUAUUGUGGUGGAAUUUCAGAUUCUGGUGAUAAACUGAUCGAAGAUGGCUGUCUUCAUGUGAUUUCGUUGGGGUCUAAAACAAUGAUGCUGCAAGUUUGGGCCAAUUUGAACACGGGUGGCUUUGUGUUCAGAAUUUGCAAUGAUGCAAAUGAUGACUUAAAAGCAGGCGUUCUGGCACUGGCUGAGUCACCACAAAAUAUUAUAACUCCAGGCAAAUGGCAGCACUUAGCGCUGACCUAUGCACAACAGUUGGAAAACAAAAAGAAUAUUAAUGCAAUGCUUUCACUUUGGAUGUCCGGGCAAAGGAAGGCUGAGUUGGCCUUGGGUUAUGUUAUUCCUCGAAAAAGCAGCCUCUCCCCUGAUGGUAAUAAAACUUUUGCAUUGAUUGGCCACUCCACAGCCCCACAAGAUUCUACCAGGUUAGCUGGAAGAUGGAAUAUUGGAAGCUUGCUCCUUUUCAAUGGUGCUAGGAUAGGGCCGGAAGAAGCAUAUUAUUUGUAUGUCUGUGGACCUGACUUCACCUCCAUUAUGCCCUGUAAAUAUGGGAAAAUUCAAGCAAAUUACUCUAAGUAUGUUACUCUGGAAAUUUUACAGUGUGAUCAAAUUAAAGAACUUCUCAUGAAAAACAAGGAAGUGAAUACUGGCCCUCUGGUGGAUAGCCUCGCGAUUGUUUACAAUCCACAAUCUCCUGCUCAGUAUACCAUUUACGAGCCAGUUAUUCGACUCAAAGCACAAACAAGAACAGUAUCAUCACAAAGGCCUUUCAGUUUGAAGGAUGUGCAAAACAAUACUAUGGAGCACCAGAAACUAAAGUGUUUGCAACCUUUGGAACAUAAAGAGCUUCAGCGUAUCCUCCACAAAAUUGGAGGAACCAGUGCAUUCAUCUUUCUCUUUGCUAGGUCUGUAGAGAUAAGUGACUGCGAAAAGACGCAAGCUCUGGCACUGAAUGUUAUACUUACUUUGACAAAGUACAACCAGCAGAGAAUCCAGGAAAUGGAAAGCUGUCAUGGCUAUGCUAUGAUUCAUCAAGUGCUCAUCAAAAUGAAAUGUAUUGUGGGCUUUCACAUCUUAAAGACUUUACUUGAUGGAUGCUGCAGUGCUCCAGUCCUUAACUUUAAUGAGUCCACAAAUCAAUUUGAGAUUGAUACUGAAUCGAGUGCAGUGAUCCAGGAUGUGAAGAUUCUGUCAGAAUUGUUACUGGACUGGAAGAUCUGGUCCAAAGCACAGAAUGGUGUCUGGGAAACGCUGAUGGCAGCUCUCGAAGUGCUCAUUAGAGUCAAUCAUCCAAAACAGAUGUUCAAUAUCAAACAACUUCUAAAGGCUCAAGUGGUUUAUCGCUUCCUCUUGACUUGCCAGGUUCUUCAGGAACACCGAGAUGAACAGUUGACAUCUAUUCCUCGGGAAGUCUGUAGAUCGUUUGUGAAGAUCAUUGAAGAAGUACUUGGGUCACCACCAGAUCUGGAGUUGCUGAAGCUGGUUUACAAUUUUUUGUUGGCAGUACAUCCUCCCACUAAUACCUAUGUUUGCCACACCCCACCAGGCUUUUACUUUUCCCUACACAUAGAUGGCAAGAUCUUUCAAGAAAAGGUCAAAUUGAUCAGAUGUAUGCGGUUUUCUAAUAGCAGUGAAAAAUCCAGUGAAAGUCCUGGUUUUCUAUCACCAUCUGCCUUUACCAUUGUCCCACCAGAAGGAGAAAAAAUACAAAGUAGCACAUUAAGCGAUGAAAAACAGGAAUCUCCUUUAUUGCCAUUGCAUGAACCGCACGGCCAAAGUCUGUCAUUGAGCCCUUCCACGUCACCGCAAAUGCAAAUCCAAAAAUUGACGUCAAGAGAAGAACAGAACAUUGACGUGAAGGAGGCUUCUGAUGGCGAGUUUGACUCUCAAACCUUUUUGCCAGAGAAUGCUCCCAAAAUGGCCACUGCAGAAACACAGGACGAAUUGUUCUUCAGCAGCAGUGAGUCAGCAAAAACCUUGUGCGAGUCUGAAAAGGGAGCUUCUAUGAGAACUGUUAUUGCACAUGAUCACACCCAAGAAUCCUUGGAACUUGUGGUGGAGGCAGGUAGCCCAGCAAAUGUGAACUUCAGGAUUGAUGUUGAACAUGUUCCAGAUGAGAGUUCAUCAGCUUUAGAACCAGAACCAAAACUGGAAGGGCCAGGUGAUGGUGUAAAUCGACCUGACAGUCUCCAAGGACUUCAGAUGUUCCAAAGAAGUCAGAGUAAUUUUACUGGCCUGGGAUUAGCGUUUCCAUCCCAAAAUGGAUCUUUAGUUAUUGGACGUUUUCCAAGUAUGGCUGGCAAGAAUUUGAUUCCUGAAGAAUGGGAAAGCUUUGGUUUUUCACCUCUUUAUGAACGACCCUACAUGCAAACUGAUGGUACAACAGAUAGAUCAACAACAGAGGAUUGUCUGAUUCUCAUCUGCUGUGGGCUGUACACUCUUUUGAGAGGAAUCCUGCUCAUCUUGCCAGAUGUAAUGCUAGCUGAUGUAAUGGACAAGUUAAUUCAACCGGAAGCAUUGAUAGUCCUUGUUAAUCAUCCAGCUCCAGUUAUACAGCAAGGAGUAAUUAAACUGCUGGAUGCAUAUUUCACACGUGCUACAAAGGAACAAAAAGAAAAAUUCCUGAAAAACCAUGGGUUUUCAUUGUUGGCCAAUCAGCUUUACCUUCAUCAAGGGACACAAGGCUUGAUGGAGUGUUUUCUUGAAAUGCUGCUGGGCCGGGCAGUCGAUCUGGAUGAAGAGUUGGAUCCAGAGGCUAUGGCUCACAUUGACCCAUUUCAUAAAAGGUGCAUUAUUCCUGUAUUGGGCCUGAUUGAAAACUCUCUUUAUGAAAAUGCACUAGUGCACCAUAUAUUGUAUGUUCUACUCCAGUUUUUGAACGCCUGCCCUAAGUUAGCUGAUAUACUUCUCGAUAAUGGCUUGCUGUACGUCUUGUUCAACACCUUGGCAGCACUUAAUGGACUAGAGAAUGGCAUUCCAUUGAGUGAAUACAAAUUGCUGUUGUGUGAUAUUCAGCAGCUAUUGGUUGCAGUUACCAUCCAUUCCUGCAGCUCUUCUGGUUUACCGUAUUUUCGCAUAAUAGAAGAUUUACUAUCACUGCUUGGAUACCUGCAGAACAGCAAGGAUAUGAAAACUAAAGAAAUGGCUGUUGUACUGCAGUUCCGGGUCCUUCAGAGUGGCAUCGAAUUUAUCAAAACCACAGCUAAUCAAGAUGCACAGAAUAUGAGUAGCUCCUUCCAUUUACCUGCAACUCAGCACCAUGCUAUUCAUCAGAAGAGGAAGAGUAUUGCUGGGUCAAUUGCAUUGAAAGAUUCCAUUAUUCCACGACUACCAAGACAACAAUUCUCCUUGUAUGGUCACCUUCCGAUGGCCUAUAGCUUGAACCUAGUACAUCAGGAGUCAUCCUUGCCACUCCCAACUGGAUCCAUUUCCUAUGCUUUCCCUUCAGAAGCAGGUCCUCGCAGGUUUUCAGCUGCUCCAUCUGAUGCUUUGUUGAUGAGAAUGCGAUCAGUAGCUAGCGAUGAACUCUCUGUGCUAAUGCAAAGGAGGAUGAGCCAUGAAAACUCAAUGAGAGCGUCUGAGACGGAGUUUGUACAGAGACUACAGAGGCUCACAAUUUUAUCUGUUAACAGGCUAAUCUACCAAGAACUUGAUUCUGACUUUCUGGAUUUAUUGAGCACAUCUGAAAAUCCACAUCAGAGUAGAGUACCUCUGGGAGAAGGCUUUGAGGAAGGUGCAUCAGAGCUAUCCAGCAACAACAUAAAAAUAUUUCAGAACGAAAUGCUAAAAUUGAUGAUUGAAGGAAUUAAAAUAUCCUUGGAAGCAGGUAGACACAGCCCUCCAAGGCAGCAAUGGAAGCGCAUGCUUUGGUCCUGCAGAGAGACAUUCCGGUCCCAAUUGGGUCGAUUGCUUGUUCACAUUCUGUGUCCUGCCCGCCCACUUGAAGAGAGGAAAAUGGCUUUGGAAGUAGGGUAUGAACCAAACCAUCAGGAAAUUCUGCGAGAGUGUCUUGGUCAAGCUUUGGAGCAUGGACCCAAGCUGGCAUUGUACUUGUAUGAACUGAUGCAUGACCACAUGGAGGCCUUGUCUAAAAAACAACAAUCUGCAGCUGGCAACUUUUACACAUCUCUAAAGCUCUGCGGGUACAAGUGUAUUCCCCUUGGCGCUCCGCCCAAACCAGAUCUCAUUAAAGCCAUUGAAGAGGAGCAGACCAAAUAUGCGAAUGAGGAAAUUGUAAAUAAAGUUGCCUGGAAAAAGAAAAUGGCGACUUCUCAGCAGAGCCUCCUUCAACGGUUGGAUUUGAAGUCGAAAGAUAUUUCCAAAAUAGCUGCUGAAAUUACUCAGAAUAUCUCUCUGCAGCAAGGUAUGGAGAGGAAGAAAGUGAUUCAGCACAUCAGGGGAAUGUACAAGGUAGAUUUAAGUGCUGGCAGACACUGGCGAGAACUUGUUCAACAGCUAACACAUGAAAGGGCUAUAUGGUACGAUCCUGUGUCUUAUCCAACUUCGUGGCAACUGGACCCAACAGAAGGUCCCAACAGAGAAAGGCGACGUUUACAGAGAUGUUAUUUGACGAUUCCCAAUAAAUAUCUGCUCAGAAAUCGGCAAAAACCUGAGGAGCCACUAAAGCCACCUUUGUCAUUUUUGUUUGAGGAUAAAUCACAUUCUUCUUUUUCAUCAACUGUGAAGGAUAAAGCGACAAGUGAACCCAUCAGAUUCAUACGCAAAUGUAUCAAUGUUGCCCCUUCUCGAGAAACAGUUGGUGAACUCCUCCUAGGGGAAUCAGGAAUGUAUUUUGUUGAGGACAAUGCUGCUGAUGCUUUUGAGCAUCCUAGUUCUGCAGUGGAAAUGGAGCCAGCUUCAUUCUCCUGGACAUAUGAAGAAAUUAAAGAGAUUCAUAAGCGCUGGUGGCAGCUGCGAGACAAUGCCCUAGAAAUCUUCCUAACCAAUGGCAGAACUCUUCUUCUGGCAUUUGACAAUACAAAGGUUCGGGAUGACGUUCAUCACAAUAUUCUGUCUUCCAGUCUACCAAAUUUAUUAGAAUAUGGAAACAUUACAGCUCUGACUCAGUUAUGGUGUUCAGGACAGAUAACCAAUUUUGAGUAUUUGACCCAUUUGAACAAGCAUGCAGGUCGCUCCUUCAAUGAUCUCAUGCAGUAUCCUGUUUUUCCCUUCGUGCUGAGUGACUAUUCCAGUGAAACAGUUGACUUGAACGAACCUGCCAUUUACAGAAACCUCCUGAAACCUAUUGCUGUACAGUCCAAAGAGAAAGAAGAUCGAUAUGUGGACAACUAUAAGUACCUGGAGGAGGAAUAUCGCAAAGGGGCUCAAGAAGAUGAUCCAAUGCCACCAGUCCAGCCGUAUCACUAUGGGUCUCAUUAUUCAAACAGUGGAACAGUCUUGCACUUUUUAGUCAGGAUGCCACCAUUCACCAAGAUGUUUCUGGCUUACCAGGAUCAAAGUUUCGAUAUCCCAGAUCGAACAUUUCACUCCAUGAAUACUACCUGGCGCCUAUCCUCGUAUGAAUCAAUGACUGAUGUGAAGGAGCUCAUUCCAGAAUUUUUUUACCUUCCAGAGUUUUUGGUCAAUAGAGAAGGCUUUGACUUUGGAAUGCGACAGAAUGGAGAUAGAGUGAAUCAUGUAAAUCUUCCACCUUGGGCUCGGAAUGACCCCAGGCUCUUCAUCCUGAUUCACCGCCAAGCCUUGGAGUCAGAUCAUGUUUCACAAACUAUUUGCAAUUGGAUUGACUUGGUGUUUGGGAACAAGCAAAAGGGGAGAGCUGCAGUUUAUGCCAUCAAUGUCUUUCAUCCUGCGACUUACUUCGGCAUGGACGUGUCUGCUGUUGAAGACCCAGUGCAAAGACGAGCCCUGGAAACUAUGAUCAAGACCUAUGGUCAGACACCUCGGCAGCUCUUCACAGCUACUCAUCCAAGCAAACACGGGCCUAGACUGUCAAUGGAGGGGGAAUUGCCUGCAGCCAUGGGUCUCCUUGUGCAGUUUGCUUUCAGAGAGAGCAGAGAGAAUACCAAGGAAGUCAUCUAUCCGAGCCCCCUAUCGUGGAUUAAAGGACUGAAGUGGGGCGAGUAUGUGGGUUCUCCCAGUGCACCAGAUCCUGUAAUUUGCUUCAGUCAGUUCCAUGGAGAACAAUUCGGAUCACUACUGGCAUUGCCCACCAGAGCCAUCUGUGGUCUGUCAAGAAAAUUCUGUCUGAUGAUGACGUACAGUAAAGAACAAGGUGUUCGAAGCAUGCACAAUACAGAUAUCCAGUGGUCAGCCAUUUUGAGUUGGGGUUAUGCUGAUAACAUACUAAGACUGAAGAGCAAACAAAGUGAGCCCCCAAUCAACUUCAUUCAGUGCUCUCCUUUGCACCAGGUUACAAGUUGUGCAUGGGUGCCUGAGAGUUGCCAACUUUUUACUGGCAGUAAAUGUGGAGUGGUUACUGCAUACUCAAGCAGAUUCACCAGCACCACGUCUUCAGAAAUUGAAGUGGAAUCUAAAGUCUACUUGUACGGCCAUACUGCAGAAGUGACCAGCUUGUGUGUCUGCAAACCAUACAGCAUUCUGAUCAGUGUCAGCAGGGAUGGCACCUGCAUUAUAUGGGAUCUGAACAGGUUGUGUUAUGUUCAGAGUUUAACAGGACAUAAAAGUCCAGUGACAGCAGUUUCUACUAGUGAAACAACUGGUGACACUGCAACCGUUUGUGAUUCAGUUGGUGGUGGCAGUGAUCUGAGACUGUGGACGGUGAAUGGAGAUCUCAGCGGCCAUGUGCAUUGUCGAGAAAUAAUUUGCUCCGUAGCUUUUUCCAAUCAACCUGAAGGUGUAUCUGUCAAUGUGAUUGCUGGAGGGCUAGAAAAUGGCAUAGUAAGGCUGUGGAGUACUUGGGAUCUGAAACCUGUUCGAGAAAUUAUCUUCCCCAAGUCAAACCGGCCUAUUGUCAGUCUGACGUUCUCCUGUGAUGGCCAUCACCUCUACACAGCGAACAUCGAUGGCACUGUCAUAGCGUGGUGUCGCAAAGACCAACAGCGGAUGAAGCUCCCCAUAUUCUUUUCCUUCCUAAGCAGUUAUGCAGCUGGAUGAAAACUAACCUGCAGAUUUGUUUGUACCAGUCACUGUGCACAUAACAGAGCCUGCAGUGCUCUUGUGGUUGGGGGUGGGGUGAGGGGAAGAUGGGGAAAAUGAAAAGUUCCCUCCCUAUAUGUAAAUAUUCCAAGUGCAGAGAAUACCCAUAAAAGGAUCAGGUGUUUUCCCCGUUCAUCAGAACAAGAUGGAGCAUGAAAACUAAACCAUAGAGCAGAUUUCAUCACUGCAGUCUGCCACCUUCCUGUUCCUUGACUUUGUCACAUAUGCAGUCCUUCAAAGUACUGUCAGUUUGUAACUAACAAACUUAAGACUAAACAACUCCAAUUUAAAUUUGAUGUAAAUUAUGCAAUGUGUCAGGUUGUAAGAUUUAAAGUGCAAUAUUUUCUACUUGAGAAUCUCCCAAGUUUUGCAUACAGUGCGCAUGAGACCAAGCAGGUUAAUGAGGUACAAGAAUAAUGAAAUCAUUUACAUAAAAGCAUGGAAAUAUCUAUGUUAAAGCACCUUAAAACAAUGUUUGUGCACGCAGCAUCUGUCGACAUCUGCCUUGAACGUUUACAAUUCACCUUUGCAAGUUCUGCCAUUUCUCAUGCCUUUCCUCAAAAAAAUAAAAUCACACUUUGUAAUAAUUUGAUAUGAUCCAGAUUGUAACUUUUUAUACCUAGCAUUAAGCAGACCCUAAAUUGAGAGAAGGAUUCACUUAACUGGUGCUUGCCGGAUUGCAUGAAAGGAUAAAUGUGUCUUAAACUGAGUGGAUGUGCAUAUAACAGUUCAGAAAAUUAUGUUGGCUUUAUUGAAGACCCAGUACUGGUGUCAAUUAGAUUGUUUAUGGUCAGGCUGUUCCCCACUCGUGUGGUUAAAUAUAUAACCACUUAUUUAACUGGAAGGCACAUAUUCUCAAUCUUGACUGCAACUUCCCUCUGAAAAUUGUCUUUUGUGUACUGUCCUUAAUCAUAUUUAAAAAUAGUGUUAGAAAAUGUGCAUUUUGCAAGUUUUUUGAAGAGCUAGUUUGUCAGUUGUUUUGCUGAUAUAUAAAACUUUGGCAAGCUUGUAACUUAUUAAUUUACAAAAUUCAUGAAACCAGUGUUCCUCAGACUUUGAACGUGAGCAUUUGCUGUCUUUUGUACUUAUUCCCUAUAUAUCUGUACAAAGUAUUUGUGAUGAAUAUUUGAACAUUAAAUUAAUUAUAAUCUGAGAAUUCUACAA